AUGUUUCGUCGAAAGAAUAGCGGGUCUCUCCCAAUGAACUCGUCCCCCAGAACAGGAGGAGGUUCAUUCAUGUCUCGGCCAGGCGACGAUGGGUCUGGAAAGUCAAUCAGAAUGGAUGCUCCAAUUAUCAAGUCAUGGAAACAAGCCAGUUCCUUCACAAAAUACUCCUAUUAUAUCCUCGCUUUCUUUAUCUUUCUAAUGUUUGUAGGAUACCGUUAUCUACGAUACUGGAAUGCUUCGAUCUGGUUGACAUGUCAUCAGCACGAGUGCACUCUGGAUAUGACUCCAGCUGGCGGAAGAUCAAUUUCAGUUGUUUUCUCUCGAACACAACUUGAUUUUGCCCAAGCGGUUAAGACGGACAAGGCUGGAAACUUCUUGUCGAUCGAUACUUCAAAGUACGAGCCGCCAAAUCGAGAUGACAAGGGAAGGAAAAAAUACAAGUCUGGCAGUUAUAAGGGACCUGACGAGCUUGGUGAAUAUAAAAGUUAUGCUCUGAGCUUCAAAAAAGAAACUCCAGAGGGUGUGGAGAAACCUCCUGAAGUCCCUGAUUCCGAUUUCAGUGAUGUUCUGCAGUACAUGAGAGAGUUGGAUGGAGGAGUGCUGCAAUUAACCAUGCGUCAAUUCGGAUUGGCACAAUCUAGGACAAGAGUGCGAUCAUCCAUCAACAAGGUUGAUAGCUACGUUAAAAAACGUCGGCAAAAGUUGAUAAUCAAGGAGUCUGCCACGCUACCAUGGCAAGGCAUCUUGUGUUUGAUCUUUGGUUUACUUGGUUUCAUGCUGACCCUUCUUGUCGGUCAGUUCUGGGAUGAAAAGCCACAUAAGUACGGUGGGCCAGGAUCGAGACGGUCUGUAACGAAACCGACAACAAAAUCAAACUUUGUGGUUGACACAGGUCGACCUUCCAAGUACCCGCCUGGAUAUCAGUCAAAACGAUUCCAAUAG